AUGUGCUUAGAUCUCCUCAAGAAAAGAACUAUCCAUAUCACAACUCUCAGCAUCACAAACCCCAAGCUUCAGUCGAACAGCCCAUCAAAUAAGCACCUGCCUUUUCCCAUCAAAAUGAAGGUCUCAAUCCUCGGUCUCCUCACCCUCUCAGCAUUCGCUUCCGCAUGCGCCAGCUACGAAAGCUGCCACUGCUACGACAGCAACGGCGUUCCCAACAACGGCGCCACCCAGACCGUUUGCGAUCACUUCAAGGGUGGAAUGGAGCCCAACACGCGAGAGUACGGUGCGAAUACCCAGUACAAGGAGUGCAACGUCAAGACUUUUGGUGGCGGUGCUUCGAGCUUCGAUAACUGUGACUGGAGACGCAGAUGUCAGAGUGCUGGCGCCACUGGUGCUGAUUCUUCUUGCCGGAGCAAGUUUCCUUAGGUGUAUUGUGAGAAAUGGAAGCUUGAGUCGUUGUAUGGAGUUCCAAUGUUAUUGGUUUAAGCUCGGCCGACUUGAAGCGGGUUCUACUGUUUAUACUGAAGAUUUAUGACCACAAGUACGAAAUUGUAUAUGUUUCCAAGAAGGUGUCUCAUAAACCCUGGACAUCAUGGUACAGGACAAUCUGAUGUAAGCCCGA